AUGUCGUUCAAGGGUUUCAAAAAGUCCCUUGUAAGGGCACCCCAGAACUUCCGUGAAAAGUUAAACAUGGGGGAAGUCACCAAUGAUCCCGUGUACGAAGAUGCCGAGCGGAGAUUCAAGGAAAUCGAGAUCGAAACAAAGAAGUUGAAUGACGAGUCAAAGAAGUACUUCAAGGCGAUUAGCGGCAUGUUGGACGAUCAAAUUGAUUUUUCAAAAGCCAUUGAAGAGAUUUACAAGCCCAUCAGUGGAAAGUUGUCAGACCCCAAUGCCACAGUCCCUGAAGACAACCCGGAUGGUAUCCAAGCGGCGGAGCAAUACCGGGAUUUGGUCAGCGCAUUGAAGGAGGAGUUGAAACCCGACUUGGAGUUGAUAGAACGAAGAGUUGUGGAGCCGGCACAGGAGUUGUUGAAGGUGAUUGAUGGAAUCAGAAAAAUAGCCACUAAGCGAGUUCAUAAAAGAACAGAUUUGGAUAGGCACAAGAGAACCUAUACCAAGUACGAGCAGAAGAAGGAAAGAACACCCAAAGACGAAGAAAAGAUGUACAAUGCAGAGGCGGAAGUGGAUGUUGCGCAACAAGAAUACGACUACUACAAUGAAUUGUUGAAGAAUGAGUUGCCAGUGUUAUUCCAAAUGCAGAGUGACUUCAUCAAGCCUCUUUUCACCUCUUUCUACUACAUGCAGCUUAACAUCUUCUACACCCUUUACAACAAAACCCAGGAAAUGAAAAUCCCGUACUUUGACUUGGAUUCUGACAUUGUGGAAGCUUACAAUUUGAAGAAAGGCGAUAUUGAGGAGAGGACGGAUGCGAUUGGUGUUACACAUUUCAAGGUUGGUUAUGCUAAGUCCAAAGUUGGAAGGCUUCAAGCUGCGAGAACACAGACUACGUCCCCAACCCAACAGCUCCCAGCAUAUCAAGGUCAGACGAAUUAUAACCCCGAUUACAAGGACCCAAGUGGUGGGUAUCAACCACAGCAAGCUUACCAGUCACCGCAAACAGGGUACCAGUCACCACAAAUGGGUUAUCAGUCACCACAGCAAACCUAUCAAUCACCACAGCAAACCUAUCACUACAACAUCUCCACCACCACCUCCANGUCACCACAAGCUUAUCAAUCACCACCACAAGCUUAUCAAUCACCACCACAAGCUUAUCAAGCUACAACAUCUCCACCACCACCUCCAGCUUAUGUCAAUACUCCGCCUGCCACUGCCCCUCAAGUUUGUAUUGCACUUUAUGAUUAUACAGGACAACCGGGAGACCUUUCCUUUCCAGCCGGUGCUACUAUUGAGAUCAUCAACAAAGAUGAUCCUGGUUGGUGGAUGGGAAAGUACAACGGUGUGACUGUCUUAAAUGUUGAAGCUUGUCGAAUCCAGUCUAAAAUUUCGUAUUUCAAAUGCCGGAAACCUUUUGAAGAUGAUAAUUAUUAUCUUUAUGAUGACGAUUCUGAUUAUGAAGAACACCUUUAUUCCAAUGUGACACAAUGUCUUUGCAAUUUAGAUCAAGAUUAUUACGUCAUAAACAGCGAAUGUUAUAAACAAUGUGGUUUUGAUGAUAAUGAGAUGCCAGAGGAACUUCAAAGUUCAUGGUGGUCUGAGGCUCUGAGGAUUACUGAGUCUUCAUAUAUUGAAUAUUUUUCUUCGUCAAUAGACGCAGAACAAUCACGAGCUUUUACAGAGACAGAGUGGUGGUACCGUAUAAGUGAUUGGCUGUCUAUAUCUGAUUCCCAGAGGACCAACAAUUCGACAAAACCUUCCACAAGAACAAAGGGCUCUUCUAGCAACCUUGCCGUUACUGUUAGUUGUGGCUCGUUAUUUUCGUUGAUUUUAUUAUCCUUGUUGUGA